GGUUUGAAGUCCACAUCCCAUCGGCUCUUCCCUGCGAAAACGUUUUGCGCGAUUCGGUCAAAGAGACUAUGGCGCGCCGCGACGAUACCAACCCCUUCGACGAAGAAGAAGAAGUCAAUCCCUUCUCCAAGGGUGCAGGUCCUGGUUCAAAAUUGCGUUUCCCUUCACUGUCAUCUCUGCCUCUGGGUUUUGGCAAUAAACAUGAUGCUACUGUUGACAUACCACUGGAGACAAUGAAUGAUACAAAGAAGAAGGCAAAAGAACUUGCAACAUUGGAAGCGGAUCUGAAAAGGAGAGAAACGGCCAUUAAACGCAGGGAGGAUGCUUUAUCAAGUGGUGGCGUUUCUACGGAGGAGAAGAACUGGCCUCCCUUUUUCCCAAUCAUUCAUCAUGACAUAGCUAAGGAGAUACCGGUACAUGCUCAGAGGUUGCAAUAUCUGGCUUUUGCAAGCUGGCUGGGGAUAGUUCUUUGUCUUGUAUGGAAUGUCACUGCAGUGAUCGUCUGUUGGAUUAGAGGUGGAGGGAUUAUAAUCUUCUUCCUUGCGACUAUUUAUGCUUCACUUGGAUGCCCUCUUUCAUAUGUGCUCUGGUACAGGCCUCUUUAUCGUGCAAUGAGGACUAAUAGUGCAUUGAAGUUUGGCUGGUUUUUCCUUGUGUACCUGUUCCACAUUGGUUUCUGUAUCUUUGCUGCUAUUGCUCCUCCAAUUUUAUUUCAGGGAAAGUCAUUGACGGGUAUCUUGGCUGUGAUUGAUGCUAUCUCAGAUCAAGUGUUGGUGGGGGUCUUUUACUUGGUCGGAUUUGGCUUAUUUUGCUUAGAAACACUUAUAAGCCUGUGGGUACUUCAGAAAGUUUACAUUCAUUUCAGAAGGCAGAAAUGAAGAUGGUGCUGGGAGCAAACAUGAAACCUUUAAUUCAUUAUCCUGUUGCUUGAGCUGUCUACGCCACAUUCUUUCUUAUAUUCUCUCUCUCUCUCUCUCUCACACACACACACACACACACACACACAUUCUCUGUUAUUCUUUUUCCGUUUUUUAGAAAAAAAAUGUUGUUUGAUGAAGGGGUGCAAAUGCUUGGCAGAGUACAAAAUGAUUCCAAUUCUUUCUUCUGUUAUUUUUGUAUCAAUAAGGUCUCCUCUGCUUUUUGCCUGAGGUCUGGGGUUAUUAAUAUGAAACAUCAUGUUUCUGUUGCAUUUUCCAAGAUCUUUAUCUGGUGAAGGUUUCCAGAAGUUGCG